UCCGUGGACACACAGACACACAGACACACACACCCUCCAAUCAGAGGAGCACUGAGUCCUCGGCCCCGCCCCGCUACACUCACACACCCCUCCCCCUCCCGUGUCUCCGGUAAUCCUCCACUCUCUCUCGGUGCGGUCGUCAUGGCGGAAAUCAAAACGGGAAUCUUCGCUAAGAACGUGCAGAAGCGCCUGAAUCGAGCCCAGGAGAAGGUUCUGCAGAAGUUGGGAAAAGCAGACGAGACCAAAGAUGAGCAGUUUGAACAGGUGGUCAUCAACUUCAGGAGGCAGGAGUCUGAAGGUUCUCGGCUGCAGAGGGAGAUGAAGGCCUACAUGUCUGCCAUUAAAGGGAUGCAGCAAGCAUCCAUCAACCUGACUGAGUCUCUGCACGAAGUCUAUGAACCCGACUGGCAUGGAAAGGAUGACGUCCUGACCAUCGGGAAGGACUGUGAUGCAUUGUGGGAAGACUUCCACAACAAGCUGGUUGACUCGACACUACUAAACCUGGAUGCAUACCUGCAGCAGUUUCCAGAUCUCAAGACCCGUGUCGCCAAAAGAAGCCGCAAACUCAUUGACUAUGACAGUGCCCGACACCACAUGGAAACCAUGCAGACGUCUGGGAUGAAGAAUGACCGCAAGAUGAUGAAAGCAGAGGAGGAGCUCAAAAAGGCACAGAAGGUGUUUGAUGAGUUGAAUACUGGUCUACAGGAAGAACUGCCAACUCUUUGGGAUCGCCGAGUCGGCUUCUACAUCAGCACCUUCAAGAGUGUGACGAGUCUUGAAGCAAAGUUUCAUCGUGAGAUCUCACUGGUGUGCAGAGAACUGUACGAAGUGAUGACCAAACUGGGAGAGCAGCACUCUGACAAGAUAUUCACCAUCCAAGGGGCUCCGAGUGAUUCAGGACCUCUACGACUCGCGAGAACCCCAUCACCACCAGAAGACGAGAGUCCGCCUGAUAGUCCAGAUCUCAGCACCAAUCAUAUGCUCCGUCCCAUCUCACCUGGACCGCCUCGACCCAAAUCUCCAACACAGCUUAAAAAGGGGCCACCGGUGCCUCCUCCACCAAAGGUCACACCAACCAAGGAGGUGGCAGAGGAACAGAUCAUCGACCUCUUUGGUGGAGAAUUUUUGCCUGCUCCUUCGCCAUCACAGCCCAAUGAACGGCCCGGCGAGUCUCUUCUUGAUCUGGACUUUGAUGCUUUUCAACCAGAUGAAAGUGUUUCACCAAUACCACAGACUGCUGUACCAUGGGACAUGUGGUCGGCGAAUACUCAAGCUGCUCAACCUGCUGCAGAUACCGGCUUUGUCGCUGACUGGUCUGCUGAUUUUGGUUCAGUGUCAGCCAAUGGAGAAGAUUCUUCAGGAGCUGAGGAACCUGCUAUCCUUGGGGGUCCGACUGUGGGGCAGGAAGGGGCACAAGAAGGGGCGCAGGGUGAGACUCGGGGCUGGCCCCAGGGAGAAGGGAUUCAGCCAGGUGGAGAAUCAACAGCAAUCACCGGGGACAGUGAAAUCGCACCAGCUGAAGAUGAGGUUAGCAGCUGGGAAUCUCAACCUAACUCCAACCUUCAUUCCUCCCUAUGCUGUGGAGAGGAUGAUAGUACAGGGCAGGCAGAUUCAGGGGCAGAUGAAUUAAGGAAGGAAGAUCGCAGGAAGUCUACCCCGGGACUUAUAUUCACCAAUGAGUACGGUGAAAAAAUUGAGGAAAUUGCAGAGGACAGAGGAGACAAAUUGUCCAGGUCUCCUGAAGGGUCAGGAUCUGAGUAUGAGACUGCUGAGGAGUGGGGUGAUGGUGGUCAGGGAGGAGGCUGGGCAAGUGCUGAUGAUGAGCUUUCAUAUGAUGAUCGAACCCAAGAGAAGAGCCAGAAGGUUCAGGCAGGUGGAGCUGUCCCAGGAGAUUGUCCUCAAACAAGAGAAGAAGUUUCAGAUUGUUCUAGUAUUGCAGCCAAAAGAAACAGAAAUAAUUCAUUUGAAGUGCCAGAGAGACCAGAUGUUUAUCUUGAUCACUGUGAAACUGAAGGAGAAACAGAUGAAAGAGUUUAUUUCUCUGAAACACAGGGAGGUGCGUUUGAUUCAGAUCUUAUUGCAGAAACACAGGGAGGAGGUGCGUUUGAUUCUGAUCCUUUUGCAGAAACACAGGGAGGAGGUGCGUUUGAUUCUGAUCUUAUUGCAGAAACACAGGGAGGAGGUGCGUUUGAUUCUGAUCCUUUUGCAGAAACACAGGGAGGAAGUGCGUUUGAUUCAGAUCCUUUUGCAGAAACACAGGGAGGAGGUGCGUUUGAUUCUGAUCCUUUUGCAGAAACACAGGGAGGAGGUGCCUUUGAUUGCAAUCCUUUUCCAGAAACACAGGGAGGAGGUGUGUUUGAUUCAGAUCUUAUUGCAGACACAAAGGGAGGAGGUGCGUUUGAUUCCGAUCCUUUUGCAGAAAAAGAGGGAGGAGGUGCAUUUGAUUCUGAUCUUAUUGUAGAAACUCAGGGAGGAGGUGCGUUUGAUUCUGAUCCUUUUGCAGAAACUCGGGGAGGAGGUGCGUUUGAUUUUGAUCCUUUUGCAGAAACUCGGGGAGGAGGUGCGUUUGAUUCUGAUCCUUUUGCAGAAACUCAGGGAGGAGGUGCAUUUGAUUCUGAUCCUUUUGCAGAAACUCAGGGAGGAAGUGCAUUUGAUUCUGAUCCUUUUGCACAAUCACAUUGUGGAGACAAAAGGGGUGGUUUUGAAUUUGAUCCAUUUGCUGAGACUUCAAAGAAAGCUGAGGUUGUGUUAACUGGGGAUAGAAAGAGUGGGUGGGAUUUUGCCAACAGUUUCCCAGCCAUCUCUUCAGGGACCGGGGCUCCCGCUUCCAGCACUACCUCCUGGCAGGAAGGUAGUGGCAGCAAAAAUUCUGCAUCCAUCUGUGGAACAGCAGCAGCAGGAAAUAAAGAAGUAAACAAUCCCAGAAUUCACAAAGAACCAGAAAAUUCAGACAUGUCCGAAGAUGAGGCGGCAAACCGGAGAUUUGGAAAGUUGUACCAAGAGCUAGAUACAGAAAAGGAAGAGGAUCCAUCAUUUUUCGCAGAUUUUGAUAAGAUGAAUGAAGGAAACAGUGAAUCAAAUGAAGCUCUGGAAGCUGCAGAGGCCCAAGCUGCUGGCUCAAGAGAGCCUGCAGCAGAAGACAAACCUCCAUCUCUCACUACUGGAGGAGAGCAAGAUGAGUGCCCACCUGUUUUUGCUGGAGAGGAACCUGUAUCUUCAACUGCAGGAGCAGAGAUGGAGGAACCUCCAGCUCCCCCUGCUGGUGAGGUGGAAGAAUCUGGAGCUGCUCCAGCUGGUCAGGACGAUACAGACACACGUUCAGACAGCCCGAAGGAGGAAAAGCCUGCUUCAACAGUGGUAUCUCCAGGCUCAGAACAGGCAGACGUCAGUGAGAUUACUCCUGCUGAACAGGCCAAAACUUCUCCCAGUGAAGCGGCUCCAUCGGAAAAUAUGCCAAUCCCUUCUGUUGUGAUUGAGCCUGCCUCAAGUAAUGAAGGAGAUGAUGACCGAGAUGCUGACAUCAUCUCUCCCACUGCAAUCAGUGACAAUGGGGUGACAACUGAAAACCAGAACAUCAAGCAUAUCAGUCCUUCUGGGGGAGCGUCUGGACUUCCUGAUGAUUUCCUUUACAAGGUGGAGACCAUGCAUGACUUUGAGGCUGCAAAUUCAGAUGAACUUGACCUGAAGAGAGGCGAUGUGGUUUUGGUGGUUCCCACUGCCUCAGCGGAAGAUCAGGAUGCCGGCUGGCUCACAGGGAUCAAGGAAAGCGACUGGUUAACAUUUGGAGCUGGUGCAAAAGGACUUUUCCCAGAAAACUUUACUCAACAUUUGGAGUAAGAUGUUCCCUGACAUAGCAAAAUGACAAGUAGAAACAUGAGGAAUCUGUGUCCCAGCCAUUGAAUCAGCAUGUAGCCAUUCCCUUUCUUGUAAGUUUUACCUGCUGCAACUGUCUGCUGGACAACAAUAAAGUUUCACUGGCAGGUGAAACUGUACUAAAAUGAAAUGUUAUUGUUUAA